AUUCCUGUCAAUUUCGUUAUUGCGUAGAAAAGUUGCAUAAAUGAGAGUACAUCCGCACUCCUGGAAAUAUCUUUCUCACAAUCUUUUCCUCCAUUCAAUGUGAAAGGAAAUCCAUGGCGUCCACAAAAUCGAAAAUACUAGUGCUGGGUGGCACAGGCCCUGCGGGUCUCUGCCUGCUGCGUGAGCUUGCCUACCGGAAUCAUGCCACUAUAGUCUAUGCACGAACUCCCUCGAAAAUUCCGCCUGAACUGGCAUCUUCUCCACUCAUCGAGAUCCUCCAAGGCGAAUUACAAGACCGUCUCACCUUGUCGACAGCAGUUGCAGAUUGCUCAACUAUCAUCUCACUCCUAGGUCCGAACAUCAACGAUAAGAACAUCGACCCAAAUAUAUUUGCCGAGUUCUACAUCACUUGUUUAUUCCCACUGAUGCGUGAGUAUCGUGUCCGCCGCAUCUUCGCCAUGGGGACGCUUUCAAUCAAACGAGACAUGGACAGUUGGACAAUUGGGUCAGCAGUGGCUGUCGCUUUCGUAAGACUAUUUGCAAGUGGAGUCUUUCAAACCAUGCAGAAUAUCGCCAAUGCAUUUGAUAAGCAAGCACAUGACAUAGACUGGACCGUUUUCAGAAUCACGAGUAUUCCUGGAGGCUCAGACGAAGCAAGUUGGAAGAUAGACAGGAACGAUGGAAAGCCAUUUACAGGUUGGAUUGGUGAUAAAGGGUGGACAUUUUCACAAAAGCGUGCAGCUUUGACAAAAUGGCUUGUCGAUGCUGUGGAGGAUGGUGAGGCGGACUGGAUAGGUAAGAUGCCGGCAGUCAGUCGUCUGGGUUGAAAAAGCAACAUCAUUAUUACAGGCUUGUGAAGUUUAUUUACGUUAAUUUCAGGAGGGACAUAAGAUGAGUAGGCGAGAUUUUUCUUGAAAUUCUGUAAUUAAAUUACAUUUAUUUCAAGUUAAUGACCUGUUCCUCUGGUUGAUAAUUAUGGUUCAACAAUAUAAGGCUAACUCUAGAACGCCAACGGUUUAAUGGAAU